AUGACGAGUCGCGCCAGUCCAGCGGGCGCGCCCGUCGCCGGAGCGGGAACCGUCGUGAUUGAGACCCACGGCUGCAAACUGAACCAGGCGGACAGCGCGAUCCUCGCGCGAGAGUUCGCCAACGCCGGCUACAGGUUGGUGGACCGACGCCGCGACGCCGACAUCAUCGUAAUAAAUACCUGCACGGUGACCUCCACGGCGGACUCAAAGGCACGCCAGGCCCUGCGCGCGGCCCACCGGGCAAACCCGCAAGCGGUGGUCGUCGCGGCCGGGUGUUACCCGGAACGGGCUGCCGACGACCUGCGCCGUAUCCCCGAAGUGUCGUUGGUGGUGGGCAACCGCACCAAACCGGACCUGGUGGCGAUGGCUACCGCGGAGAGCGCAAAGCGACGGGGAACCCCAGCCCAGUCUCGGGCAUACGGCGACGACAACGCCCAGGCGGGCAUCCUGCGCCGUAGCCGGGCGAUGGUCAAGAUACAGGAGGGGUGCGACCAGAUUUGCGCGUAUUGCAUCGUACCAAAGGUUCGGGGUCGGGAACGCAGCGUCCCGCCUGCCGAAAUAGUCGCAGCAAUCCGGUCGAAUCUGGCCGCCGGUUUCAAGGAAAUCACCCUGACGGGCACGCAACUGGGCACUUAUGGGUUCGAUCUGGACGGCGCAGACCUACCCGGCCUGCUCGACCGCAUAUUGGGCGAAACCGAACUUAGGCGGUUGCGGGUUUCAUCGCUACAGGCCCAUGAAAUCAGUUCGGAUUUGCUGAAGCGGUGGGACGAUCCCCGUCUGUGCCCACACUUCCAUGUGCCACUGCAAAGCGGCAGCGAUUCCGUGCUCAAAGGAAUGCGGCGCCGGUACGAUACCGCCUCUUUUCGAAAAGCCGUAAUGACGAUCCGGGAGCGUGUGGCCGAUGCGGCAAUUACCACGGACCUGAUCGCCGGAUUCCCGGGGGAAACGGAAGAAGACCACGCGGCCGGCCUGGCGUUGGUCGGCGAGAUCGAGUUCGCGGACGCGCACGUGUUCCCUUAUUCGCAGCGUCCUGGAACGUCGGCUCACUAUAUGCAGGAUCAGGUAACACCGACCGAGAAGCGCCGGCGUGCCCAAGAGCUAUCUGCCAUAGCCGAAGUCGGGUUCGAACGGUUCCGUGCUCAAAUGAAGGGCAAAGUCCGGCCGGUAUUGUGGGAAACCGCCAGGCCGCUUGGGAAUGGCGCAAUGCUCUGGAGCGGGCUCACCGACAACUAUGUGCGCGCGUGUACAGAAAGCAACACGGAGUUGGAAAACAGCAUAUCCCAGGCUCGGCUCGGGGAUUUGCACGGCAAAGCGCUGCGAGCCAUAGUGCUGGAAGGUUGA